GAAGGGGUUUGGAGUGUAGAAGAAAACUCUGCUUUGUGCAGUGCUGUGUUUUAGACACUUUAGUUCGUAACUAACGGUUAGCUGUUUCCCUAGUCGAUUCUUCGCGAUGGGUGACGCCGAGAAAGGAGCCAAGAUCUUCAAGCAGAGAUGUGCCCAGUGCCACACUACCGAGGCUGGUGGUAAGCACAAGACGGGUCCCAAUCUCAAUGGUCUUUUCGGUCGCAAGACUGGCCAAGCAAAGAAUUUCUCCUAUACGCAAGCCAACCAGUCCAAGGGCAUUACGUGGGGCGAAGACACGCUAUUUAUUUACCUCGAGAACCCAAAGAAAUACAUUCCAGGAACCAAGAUGGUUUUCGCUGGUCUCAAGAAGAAGGGCGAGCGCAAAGACCUCAUUGCUUUCCUCAAGAAGGCGACAGCGGCGCCAUGAGGAACUGUCCUCCAGUUUAUCAUCAACAUCCUCUUCUCUCUACCUUCGUUCUCUAUCACUCUGUACGGUACAUCUAGUUUCUACUCAUGCGCAUUCUGUACUAGGGCAUAUGGCGUCUUUAUUGAUAUUUGAACCCGAGAGGAAUGCAAUCCUACUUUCUCCACGGUGGUUUUGAAUAUCAAUAACUUCUCCUCUUUCAAUCUGCCAUGCUAGUCUUUUGGUGUCUCUGGGGCUGCUGAUGCGAUUGGGUCGGCUACUUCUCUGCUGCGAGCCACCUGUAGUGCUGUUUUCUUCUUGAUUCUAUCAGCCUGUUCAUAGACCACAUCUUUUUAAUUAGUGGUCUCUGCCCACUGUCCUGCACUGUAGGGCUUCAACAUCCCAUUGCCUUGAAAUGGAUGGUAUUUAUUUAUAGGUAUUCUGAGCUUGCUUCAAAGCUGCUGGCUUCCCUUUUUUAUUUUUAGAUUGGUUCAUAAUGUGUGUUCCAUUAUGUUCUAGUCAUCCAUCGCUGCUGCUGUGCACGGUGCUGUGGUGUGAACAGAGCUUGAAGAAACUCGA